AGGUCCAUGGCGGUCGUCAACGUCAACGUCGGGAUCUUGGGCCAUGUGGACAGCGGGAAGACGAGCCUCGUCCGCUCUCUGAGCACGCACCUCUCGACGGCCGCGCUCGACAAGAACCCGCAGAGCAAGGCCCGCGGCAUCACGCUGGACCUCGGCUUCUCGUCGCUGCAGCUACCCUUCACAGCGGCAAGCGGCGAGGCGUACACAGCGCAGCUCACGCUGGUCGACUGCCCGGGCCACGCGUCGCUCAUCAAAACGGUCAUUGGCGGCGCCCACAUCAUCGACAUGGCGCUUCUCGUCAUCGACGCCGUGAAGGGCAUUCAGAUGCAGACGAUCGAGUCGACCGUGCUGGCCGAGAUUGCAACGUCGCAUGUGAUUGUCGUGCUCAACAAGGUCGACCUGCUCACGGACAAGGCGACGCAGCUGCCCGCGAUGCUGGCCACGAUCCGCACCUUCUUGUCGUCGUCGCCAACGCUGCAAGACUGCCCGAUUGUGCCUGUGGCUGCCGGCGAUGCCGACGGCGCCCGCGCGCCGCAGGGCAUGCCGGACCUCCUCGCGACGAUGCAACGCCACCUGCACCUGCCGACGCGUUCGGGUGACGGCCCGCUCUGCUACGCCAUCGACCACUGCUUUCCGCUGCGGGGCAAAGGCACCGUGCUCACUGGCACUGUCUUAUCGGGCACGGUCCGAGUCAACGAUACGAUCGCGAUCCCGAUUCUCGGCACCGAAAAGAAGGUCAAGUCGCUCCAGAUGUUCCACACGAGCGUCGAGAAGGCCAUCCAAGGCGACCGCGUCGGCCUCCGGCUGCACGGCCUCGAUGCCGCGACCCUCGAGCGCGGCCUCGCUAUCACGCCCAAGUCGCUCAGCUUUGUCCUCAACCUCGUGCUACAAGUGCAUCGCGUACGUUUCUUUGGCCUCGACUGCGAGAGCGGUGCCAAGGUGCACGUGACCGUCGGGCACAGCACCGUGCUGGCCAAAGCCACCUUCUUCCACGGGUCGCACGCCAGCUUUGCGGUCGAGAACACCGAGUACCGGUACCUGGCGACGCUACCGGCCAGCGCCACCGACCAUCUAUUUGUGUUGUUGCAGCUCGAGCGCGAGAUUCUCGUGCCACCGUUCAGCCACGUCAUUUGCUCGCGCCUCGACACGACCGUGUCGCAGUCGAACGUGUGUCGCAUCGCGUUUUACGGCCCCGUCGUCGCGACCCUUGACAACUUGUCCAAGCUGCACAUCGGCAAAAUCAAGGAGCGCCAUGGUCUCGUCGAAAAGUGCGGCGAGCACGGCGUUGCGAUCGUCAAGGAUCUCUUUCGAAAAGAGACCAACCUCGACAUCUUCAAGGGUCUAACCGUGCAGAACGAGCGGUCGCGCGCCCUCGGCGCCAUCGACGGCGCGUUUGGCAAGACGGGCAAGUGCCGGGUUCAGUUUACGGACGGAAGCACGCAGCCAGGCGACCGACUCGUGCUGCGCUUUACAAAGAUUCUCUUUCAAGAGAAAUCGCUGGCGCAUCGGCUGCGGCAAGCCCCGGGGCUGUACGAACUGCCCGCUGCGACACCGUCGCCGGCACCGCUCCAGGCGGUGACGCUGCCGACGGUCGAGGUGCAGAAGCGGUCGUGGGUCGGGCUCGUCGAGCGGCUCAAGGGCGAGACAUCGCCCGAGGGUCGCAACCCGAUGGUGAUUGCAACCGGACUCUUUGCCACGUGUGAUGAAGCGCUAGCGUGCAUGGCCAUGGACGCGGUCACGGCUGCUGGGGACCGCGGCGUCGUCGACUCGCUUUUCGGCAAAGCGGGCAAAGUCCGCGUUACAUUCGCUUGCGGGACGUCGGCCAAGGUCGGCGACGCUAUCACUGUGUUUGAAAAGUGA